AUGGAAUAUGGCUUUGAAGAUUCUAUACCGAGUGCUGAUGAAACUUUUGCUUCACAACAAUUAUUUGAAAUUUUAAAGACAUUUAAAGAUAGUUACUUUAAUGAACUAUAUACUUAUCAAACUCUUGAUUUUAAUGAUGAAUAUGAUGUAAUAACGGACGAAAAAGACGGCAUUGAUGAACAAGAAUCAACUGACGAAGAAGAUAAUAUUGACGAUAACGAUGAAAAUCAGUAUUUUAAUAUUCGAAAUAAUUUUACAUUAGAAGAGAUGGAAGCUAUAGUGAAAUGGGUUGAUCAACAUCCGAAUUGCAAAAUUGCAACUAUUAAGCAUAGUUUCCGGAAAGUUAAAUACAUGCAUUAUAUCGCAAGAUUUCGAGAGUAUAUUAAAACGAGCGGUACAAGAUUAGAAACACUGAAAAAAAUCAAAGAAUUUAUGUGGAACGAACUUUAUUUGAAAAGAGCAAUUGAAAAAGAAGCAGUUCAUGAUAGUGAUCUAGAACUUUUUGCAGUUCAGAAAGCAAGAGAACUUAAUUGGGAUAAUUUUAAAGCAAGUGAACCAUUUAUCAAAAUGUUCAAACGAGAAUAUCAAAUCUCAUCCAGAAGAUACAACAAAUGUAUUACUCGAAUUUCUUCAACCAGAAAAACAUGUAGUUUAAAAGGUAUAUACAUUUUUAUUUGA